UAUUAAUUAAUUAUCAAUUGAUGAUUAAUUAAUUGGUGUUAAUUAGUAUCAUUGUUCUUAAUCGCAAAUUGCGCAUGCUCGAGCAUGGUGGCGGGGGCAGUAUUCGACAAGAGAUGUCGCCGCAGUGCUUCCGCUUCCGCUGAGCCGCCAUUACCCACGUUUUCUUCGGACGCAGUUGACUGACACGCUGGUACACACGCCUCUGGCCCUGCUCCCUGCUUUUUGAUUUAAACCUCGAUUUCCUUUCGACCUAGUAACAGCGAAAAGCGUCGUCACGCUCCACAAAUUGAAUUUUUCCUCGAGAAGUGAGAGAAAUUGCGGUGAACAGUCGGAGAAGUGUGUGUCGUCUGCCCUGGCCGCACAUGGAUUUUUUGCGUGUGAGCCCAUCGAGUGAACACGUGUUCGGGUCUGCUUAAUUUUUUGUGCGGAGAGAUCUCGACGCAUGUAAAGUGCCAACCAAUAAGGCUUGCGACUGGAGAAUCUGAAAUCGAUCUUGGCUGGACUGCUGAGUUGCUGGACUUUUAAACUUGCAGCGUGAUUCUUAGCCGAGCCCCUGACACCUAUUUUUACGGCUGUUAAGAUGACUGAACUUUCAAGAAAGAUUUUGAAUAUUGCCAAUGGACGGGCAUGGGUUGUAAUCCAGUUUGAUGCUGACAUAGAAGAACAUGGCUUUUACAAGGCUGACUACCUAGACCUGCCCAUGAAAUGGGUGAAACUGCCCGAGAAUGAAGCCGAGUCUCUGGAGGCUUCGUUUCCAGAUUCAAAACUGGUCAGGAGGGAUUUCCCACUAGCCAAAUUUAAGGAGGAGGCUCAAGCAUCGGAGACCUGUUUGUUUGCUGAAAAGAACGUCCCCUUCAUCACUCUCAAGAACUUCAAGGUCGUCGGCUUCGCUAGUACAAGAAUAAGUGCAGUAUCAAAAAUCAAGGACAAGGUCAACAAGGAUAAGCCCAUUGAAACCACUGAUACAGAGGAACACUCAACUAGGUUCCGGCGUCCAACUGAAAAGGUUAGAGAACAACGAGAUACCUUCGGCGAACCAACUAACAAAAAAAAGAAAGCAGAAAAUUCUGCUCCAGAAGCUACCCCUUCGUCACAAAUCAGAGUUCAACAUGAAGAUGGAGGAGGUCAUGCGGAGCAACAGAGGUUGAAUUUAAGAAGAAUUGCUGAUUUCGAGACCACCAAUGCUUCUCUACAAGAUGUCAUGCUCAAAUUAUCUGAAAGCAAAGAAAGGGAACGAGUAUUGUCUGCUAAGAUUGAUGUCCUCACCAAAGAGCUCUCAGCUUUAGUGGUAGUAGUAAAAGAGAUCUCUAAAACAUCUGAAAAAACCUACCACAAGCUGAAAAAGCUGGCCAGUGAAACAGCCUCACGAAAAUUUGUUCUGCGGGAGGACAGGAACGAGUGGAAGCUACCCUUGAAUAGUGUGAAAGAACUGGAGACCUUGUCAGCCACCCUGAAAGGAGACGCUGAUUCCAAAAAGAGAUUGAUCGACUAUCUUCUAGAAGAAGAGUUGGGAGACAAACUAUCCACAAUUGUAUCUGCUAUUGUAAAUCAAAUCAUUGGUGAAGGUCUCCAAGAUAAGUUGGUCCUCAAGUAUCCAAAAAACUGCUCAAAAAACAAGGGAUGUAAGAAAGAAAUUCUUAUUGUUCAUGAAGUCUACCACGCUCUCCGAGGUGCUGUAGUUCAAGGUUGCAAUGAUAAGAAGAUCAAGUUGGUUGGUAUUAACAAGGCCAUCAGCUCAUGCAUUUCUCAGUUAGGGCAGAGAAAGAAGAGAAAGAAGUCUGACAAAGAGGAUGAAGCUCCAGAGCCAGAAGCAGUGAAUGACGAAGAACUCGACGAGGAAGAGACAGACGAUGAACUUCACGAACUUCAACCAGACACGACUGCUCUGCAACAAGACAAGACUGCGCUGCCGCCUCCUGAGCAAGGCCUGGAAGAGCUACUGAACAACAGCUUCCUACCCGACAGCGAUCCAGAAUGACU